UUUCAAUCAAAGCUUACAACCCACCCCUCUCAUACCCGCAACGCUUAAAGGGGAAGAGUGACAUUGAGGACUUCAACAAGUUUCUAGACCUCUUUAAAGAGGUUCAAGUAAAAGUACCAUACCCGCAAAAAUGUGUAUCCCGCUCAUCGACGGAGGCUAAAUAUCGGGCGGUUGCCCACGCUAGUGCUGGAAUCAUUUGGGUUAAACACCUUCUACAGGAGCUUGACAUAUCCUUACUCACAGUCCCCACGCUUUUCUGUGAUAAUCAAGGGGCCACAUAUGUUUGUGUCAACCCCGUUUUUCAUUCACGUAUGAAGCAUCUUGCUUUAGAUUAUUACUUUGUGCGGGAUAUGGUGGAGCAAGGUCAACUGAAAGUAUGUCACAUUUCAACUAAACUUCAAAUUACAGAUAUUCUCACCAAACCGUUAGGUGCGGAACUGUUUACAAGAUUCUGGUCCAAGCUGGGAGUCUCCAACGGACACUCCAUCUUGAGGGGGCAUAUUAGACACUAGUAAUUACUCCCUCCGACCCAAAAUGAACUUCACAAUCACUAUUCACAUGGUCAACUUAAAUUACUCUUAAUCUUAUGUUUUAUAUAUCAAAUUUUUAUCAAAUUUAUAUUCUUUUAUCAGCCUUUGUAGCAGUUUUAAUGUAGUUUCUCAAUAUGUAAAUUUUAUUUACUAAAAGUAAUCUGAGUAUGAACAGGGAUCGAGUUACUUUAUCGUCGGUCAAUCAUCGUUAUCCGAAAUGGGAAAUUAAUUGUGGGACGGAGGAUACCUACCUAAUUGUGCGGCCACAUGAAACUAUGAAAGCUGGUAGAGCGAUACACGAAUGAUAUAUUCCUAAUCUAUGUACUCCGUACA